GAUCGCAUCAUUGACCACUCUAGCAGCAUAACAAAUUACAUCUGAAACUUCUGUUGCUUUUUGACUGAAAAGAUCCCUACACAGCUUUAAAUAGUGCACAAAUAGUGCAAAAGGCUUCCUCCUGCAAACAGUCACAUGUGCUCUUAUUCAAAGCUUGUUCUCCCAAACUUCAAAGAUUUCCCCACUUCACAGGUUACUUCAAAGCUGCUUCCCACCACCCUUACCUGCUUUUUAGAGUUUGUCUACAUAGGAGAUUUUUCCAGAAUAGCUAUUUCUGAUUAAUUAAUUAUUUUAGAAUAAAUGGCUUAUUCUGAAUUAGUUUAAAACAAGUGGCUUGAACUAACUCAGAAUAAGGUAUUCUUAUUCCAGAAUUACAGCAUCCACACAUAGCCCUGGUUUACAACACUACAAGUUUAGGUCGAAUUUAGCAGUGUUAGAUUGAUUUAACCCUGCACCCAUCCACAUGAUGAAGCCAUUUUUGUCGACUUAAAGGGCUCUUAAAAUUGAUUUCUGUACUCCUCCUUGAUGAGGGGAUUCAUGCUGAAAUCGACAUCACUGGGUCGAAUUUGGGGUAGUGUGGAUGCAAUUCAACGGAAUUGGCCUCUGGGAGCUAUCCCAGAGUGCUCCAUUGUGACUGCUCUGGACAGUACUUUCAACUCAGAUGCACUAGCCAGGUACACAGGAAAAGCACCAGGAACUUUUGAAUUUCAUUUCCUGUUUAGCCAGCAUGGCGAGCUCAUCAGCAGAGGUGACCAUGCAAAGAUCAUCAGCACAGGUGACCAUGCAGUCCCAGAAUCACAAAAGAGCUCCAGCAUGGACCGAACGGGAGUUACUAGAUCUGAUCACGGUAUGGGGAGACAAAUCCGUGCUAUCAGAACUCCAUUCCAAAAGACGAAAUGCCAAUAUAUUGAAAAAAUCUCCAUGGGCGUGAUGGACAGAGGCUGUAACAGGGACCCGCAGCAGAGAAAAUUAAGGAGCUCAGGCAAGCCUACCAAAGAAGCAAACGGCCAUUCCGGGUCAGAGCCCCAGACAUGCCGCUUAUAUGAUGAGCUGCAUGCAAUUCUAGGGGCUGUCCCUACCACUACCCCACCCCUGUCUGUGGACACUAGCAAGGGGGGAGUCUCAUGCAACAGGGAUGAGGAUUUUGGGGACAAAGAAGAUGAUGAUGAGGAUAGCGCGCAACAGGCAAACGGAAAACCAUUCUCCCCAACAGCCAGGAACUGUUCAUCACCCUGGAGCCAAUACCCUCCCAACCCUCCCAAGGCAGACUCCUGGACCAUGAAGAUAGAGAAGGCACCUCUGCUGCAAAUGUUUCAAUGCUCCCCCUAUCAUCUCCAUCGCAGAGGCUAGCGCAGAUAAGAAGGCGAAAAAAAUGCACUCGCGAUGAAAUGUUCUUUGAGCUCAUGCAGUCCUCCUACACUGAAAGAACUCAGCAGAAUGCAUGGAGGCAAACAAUGGCAGAGUCCAGGAAAGCACAAAAUGAAUGCGAGGACAGGAGGGACAAGCAAGAUGAAAGGUUGCAGGAGUAAGAGGAGAGGUGGCAGCAGUGUGAUGAGAGGAAGCAGGAUGCAAUGCUGAGGCUACUGGGGGAUCAAACUGAUAUGCUCCGGCGUCUGGUGGAGCUGCAGGAAAGGCAGCAGGAACACAGAUCGCCGCUGCAGCCCCUGUGUAACUGCCUGCCCUCCUUCCCAAGUUCCAUACCUUCCUCACCCAGACGCCCAAGAACACUGGGGGGCUCCAACCACUCCACCCCAGAGGACUGCGCAAGCAACAGAAGGCUGGCAUUCAAUAAGUUUUGACGUGCAGUGUGGCCUUGUCCUUCCCUUCUCCCCUCCUCCCCUACUCCACCCGGUGCUUCCCUCCUCCCCGACCCCUCCUGGGCUAUCUUGGCAGUUAUCCCCCUAUUUGUGUGAUGAAUUA